UCCAAGAUUGUACAAAUGUCUAAAUAGUGGCAUGCUUGAAUAAAAAAUGUCCACUUACAAGUGGUACCCCAUAUGAAAAAGAGUGACACCAAGUCCCAAACUAUCUUGCCACUGUCCCCCAUGUAGUCUAAGCAUCCGGGGGGGGGGCUCCACAUGACUAUCUUUUCCCUCAUAAAUCCAAAACUUAUAUGUAUAGCUUGCUGCCCUCUCACAGGUCUUAUACAUCUUGACCCCAUAUCUGGCACGCUUUUGCUGGGGAGAAAUUGUUUGAAUGCAAGGCGGCCAGAAAAAAAUAAUGAGGCACUCAUCAACACAGAUAUUGUGCUGGGGAGUAUAGAUAUCUGCAAAUUUUUGGUUAAGGUGAUUUACGAGGGGCCAAAUUUUGUGGAGCCGGUCAUAUUCAAGGUCACCCGAGGACGACAGAGUGUAUUGUCAUUGAAAUGCAUAAAACGCCUGUAUUGUUGUAUCUAUGCCUGGCGAUGGCAGCAGAGAACACGGGCAUAUGAUGAAUCGGGUCUGUGGACCAAUACAACUGCAAUUCAUUUUUUGUUAGUAAUGCCCAUGUUGAGGGUCAGGCCCCCAAAAAACUUUAAAUUCGGAAACCGGAAUAGGUUUCCAUGAAAAUGGCCUGUCAAGGUUUGAAUUUGGGUUGGCGGCGAUAAACUGUUGUGCAUAUAAAUUGCUUUGAUCCACAAUCAAUGCAUACAGAACUUCUGUGAAAAACAGCUCUAAAAAAAUCAAAGGGAGUAGUUAAAUUUGCUGUUUCCACCUGAAUUCCGGGUUAGGCAGUGAAUGGGGGAAGUACGGGUGUUACAGAAUUUGUGAGCUGCCAAUCAGGAUUUGCAAGCACAUCCAGGAGGACACUAUGGGCUCUAUGUGCAAAUUCUUGGUGGCUGCGGGACACUACUUGUGCUUGCCAUCGCACCAGCUUGUACUGCACUUAUGGGACUCACCAAGUGAUAUUGCAGUGCUGGUAUGUAUAAGACCAGCAUGUACUAGGCCGCUGGUACUCGCCAGUUCACCAAAAGGUAGAGCGGCAAUAGUACUGGCACUCUGCUGCAUAUGAGAAUCAUCACGCGAUGGUAACAUCUCAGCAACCUGGGAACGGGGUUGGGUACACCUGUCCUUAGCAGGGACCUC